AACGUGAAUGAUAGCACUCUAAGUGGAAACGCCGAAGUGUGAGGGCGUUUUUUGAGUGCGGAUUUUUCGAAAAAGGGAUUUUUUUUGGAAAGCGAUUUUGUAUUUGUGUUUUAAAAAUGCGGUGUUGUGGCUAGAGGCGCGGCUGCCCGCGUCUCGCCUCGAGCGGCGACCCAAACUAACUGUCCAGAUGUGUUUUGCCUGCCAAGCCGGCCGCACGUGCUUGCCUUAUUUACAAAAAUAUUGAGUGAAUUUUUCGCAUUGUGAACAGCUGAUUGUGUGUGCUCUGUGUUACAAAGCAUAACGUGGUUCAAUCCCGUCUUGUUCCUGAAUACUGGGACAUCUAGAUUCAACCCUGUCGCUGACGAAUUUGAAAUGUUGCAAAUAUUUCAAGUUUCAAAACUUUAAUUAAUGUCAAGAAGGUACACGACGUUCUCGGGACGAACGUGUGACAAUAUAGAAAGUGAAUUUUUCAAAAGUGUGAAAUCGAGGACUAGCCGGUCCUUGAUGUACUCGACAAGCUACAACCCUUGCGCCCUAACACUUUGUAUCUCGAAGAGACUUUGCCGCUAUUCGGCUAGAGACCCAAGAUUAAGACAUUGGUCAAGAGAACUAACGAUUUCUUCGACGUAGAAGAUUUCUCUAAUUGGAUUGUUAAUCCAAUUCUGGUAGUGUUCACGACGUCCGUUAGAGGACUGAUUUAUCGAAAACAGAGUACGUACUUAGCACCGUACUUAAGAAGAGAUCGUCUAAAAGACUAAUGGAAUCACAAAGAGCGCAUGCAAAUGGAAUUCCAGGGAAAGAUCCUUCUAGCAAGUAUGAACAUAAAGUACCGUCUGAAGAGGAGAAGACUACGUCUCCACUCCUUCAGAGGACUAAUGAUUUCAAGUAUAUAGAUGGAGUGAAUGAUGAUAAAAAUGAAGUGAGAGAUGUGGGAAAGCCGAAAGAUGAUUUAGAUACUGUAAAUUCUAUGAAAACGGAUAACGCUAAGGAUAACCAUCUUUCUGUAGGUUAUCAUAAAGAUUCGAAGAGUGAUGAUGAUGCUGUUUCAACUAAUGAAGGUGUUAAGUUCUUUGGUCUUGGGGACAAUGACAGUAUUUGUUCCAGCAAGCCACCACAAGAUCCAGUGCCUCAGAUACCUGACGGUGGUUGGGGAUGGGUAGUCGUAGCCGCAUCCUUCCUCAUCGCCACUGUAGCUGAUGGAUUGGCCUUUUCUUAUGGCUUAAUGCAUGACAAGUUCGUCAUCUUUUUUGAAACCAGUGAAGCCAAAACUUCUUUGAUUGGAAGUCUGUUUAUCUCGGUACCGUUGAUAGCUGGACCUAUUAUGAGUGCUUUGGUAGAUCGAUAUGGUUGCAGAAGUAUGACAAUUGUUGGUGGUGUAGCUUCAACGAUAGGAUUUGUAGCUGCUUCGUAUAGUAAUUCCGUUGAAGUUUUGUACGUAACUUACGGUAUCAUGGCUGGCCUCGGCACGGGCUUGCUGUACGUAACUGCUGUGGUAUCCAUCGCUUACUGGUUUGAGAAACGUCGCAACUUAGCUGUUGGAUUAGGAUCAUGUGGAGUUGGUUUUGGAACAUUCAUUUACUCCCCACUUACGACUUAUUUACUGGAAGAGUUUGGCUGGAGAGGAACUUUAUUACUGUUAGCUGGUACUGUACUUAAUGUGUGCGUGUGUGGUGCUGUUAUGAGAGAUCCCGAAUGGUUAAUAUUAGAGCAGAAGAAACAGAGAAAAUUGAAUAAGUCGAAGAGAGCAUCUAGUUCUAUGUCUAUCUCAGCAAAAUCUGGAGGUGGAGAAUCUGUGUAUCCUGGAGCUGAAGAAUUGAAGACAUUGAUGAAGAGUGGUGAAACGCCUGAAUAUAUACUCACAACGUUAGUGGCUUCUAUUGCCGAAGCUGAAGACUUGGAAGCGGCAACUAAGAGAAAUGCUGAUAUGUCACAAUAUCAUAAAGUCAGUUCAGUCAUCAAUCUGCCGACGUUCUUGAGACAAAGUGAAAAGGUGCCUGCAGAAGUGUUAGAUCAACUGACAACCAAUAAGAAGCUCUACAACAUCAUAUUGCAAAACUACCCAUCGUUACUCGCAUUGAGGAGCUCUUCAGAACAGAAAUUGAACGUAGAGCCGGCAGCAGAGAAUUCGAAAACAAAACCGAUUAAGAUGUCAAUGAAAUUGAAACUGAAUAAAAAAGAGAAGAAGAAGGAAUUUGAGACGAAAUUAGAUCAAGUUAGGGAGAAGUUAUUGCAGCCGAUACCUGAGAACAAGCCGGCAGUGAUCCAACCACGUCAAGACUGGUGGACGAAGCAAUUUGUAACUGAUCAUCACUACUUGAGAGGCAUCAGAGUACAUCGUAAUUCUAUUAUGCAUCGUGGUGCUAUGAUGAACAUUGCGAAAUACAAACUGCGAGCUUCUUCUUGCCCUGAUAUUUACAGGAAUUCGAUGUGGUCCGUGGAGGAAGAAAAGACCUGGGGCAAACGUUUACUGGAUACGAUCAACAAAACAUUCGACUUCAACAUGUUCACCGAGUUCCAUUUCCUGAUGAUGAAUCUGUCGACCCUCGUGCUGUUCAUCUGGUUCAUCGUGCCUUACUUCUAUAUCUCCAACUUUAUGCUUAUGAGUGGAUACUCCGAAGUUCAUGGCUCUUGGAUGCUGAGUGUCUUUGGCGUUGCUACUAUUAUUGGUAUUGUUGGCCUAGGUUGGAUGGGAGAUCUUCCAUGGGUGAAUGUAACGAAAACUUAUGCAAUAUGCCUUAUAUUAUGUGGCGUAACGAUUAUCCUGUUCCCUGUGUUAAUUCGUGUGAUGGACCCUGAAGCCCCGUACAGUUUCUACAUAUUAGCACUAAACGCUGUUAUGUUUGGACUCAUGUUUUCAAGCUCCUAUUCUUACACGCCGAGUAUUUUAGUGGAAUUGAUCGCUUUGGAACGAUUCACAAUGGCUUACGGAUUGGUGCUGUUGAGCCAGGGCAUUGGACAUCUUAUUGGACCGCCUAUGGCUGGUGCCCUAAGAGACGUCACAGGCCACUGGGAUGCGGCAUUCUACGUAGCGGGCUUGUGGGUCAUAAUAUCUGGCUUCCUAGUCGGUGUAAUACCGUACACUGAGAACUUCCGUAUUUGUGGCAACGCACCUCUGGCUAAGGACGUCGCUGGUGAACCCGAUCCAGGAGUGAAGAUCAUCAUUGCCCACUAAAAUAUAAUUUUAAAAGCUUUUCGGUGUUACUUAGGCGUUAGAAAUAUAAUUAAUCCUUUUUUGAACGGUAUCCUGUACACAUACAUGCUUAUACGUCUUUUUUAUAAUAUUAUUUAUAAAAUUUAUAAUUGAUUGUGUAAUUUAUUAAUAUAUUGAGGUAUUUUUAGUUAUUUAUGUACACUUACAUACAUAAUUUUAUAUAGAUUAUUAUACAAUUUAUAUGAAAUGAGAAAAUUCGUACGUUUUUAAACUAAUUUACUUUUAUGCCUUUAUUUUAUGUAGUAUAUUAUAUUUAUUUCAACUAUCUUAAACUAGUGAACGUAACUUAAUACAUUAUAUACCUACAUAUUUUUUGACUGUAGUUAAAUAAAAUAGGUAUCCUUGAUAUCGUACCUUCUUUAAUUAGCAAAAGUGAGUGUGAAGUGGUGAUUUUUUUUCUAGAAAUUGUAAUCAUAUUAACAUUGUAGUAUGUACUCAAUCGUAUGUUAUUUAUUUCCUUGCUUUAAAAAGUCUCCUGGGGAGAUAUAGUAUUCCUUUAUAUUUUAGAGGUUAAAUACUGUGUGUGCCUUUAAAUAGUUCACUUAUUACGUAGUAAUUAGUUUAAGCAGGCACUAUAUUAUGCCUAACAAUUUUGUAUCCCAGAAAAUAAUUGAUAAUACCUACCUACACGUAGUUAUUUACAAAAGACCCUAGUUAUUUUAGUGUUUCUUUUUAUAAGGAAUCGUAUGUUUUUCUUAGAUUAUUAUGUUAUUUUUAAAUAAACAGAGUGCCUGAUACUUUCGUCUAAUGUAUACUUGCCAUUUUGAAACACCGAUCAAGGUAAUAAUGAAUUUAUUUUUUAUUAUAAAAUUUUGAAAGUAUUUUAGGUAAUAAGUUUUGUCUACUUACUUAGAAUGUAAACUUCCUACGUAUGUUAUUAUGUAUGAUCUAUUAAAAAAUUAACUUUGCUAUUUGA